AUGCCACCUUGGGGUGAAACUCAGUUCGAAAGAAUCCUUGCCAUCAAUUUGCCCGAGAGAACCGAUCACAGAGAUGGCCUGAUACUUGCUGCUGCAGUGUCAAACCUGCACAUUGAGCGUGUGGACGGUGUGCGCGGUGACACGAUUCUGGACAAAGUCCUUCCGCCCGACCAUCCGGAGCACAUUGACCCGGCUCGACUUGGGAGCUGGCGCGCCCAUAUGAAUGCUAUCAGCCGAGUUGUGGAGAAUAACUGGACGUCAGCAUUGAUCCUUGAAGACGAUGUGGACUGGGACAUUAGAUUGAGCUCAUUGCUCACAGACUUCGCCUUGGCCUCUGACACCGUUCUCUCGCGGCACGACUCGGCUGCGCUAAAGUUCCACGAGCUUUCCUUCUCGCACACUCCAGUAACGUCACCUUACGGAGAUGGCUGGGAUGUCCUGUGGCUCGGACACUGUGGGAUGGAGAUAGCUGAUUCCUCUUCCACCGUGAUCCAAGAGAACGAUGAAACGGUCCCCGAAGUUCGUUUUCUCCAUUCGUGGGAUCGAAAUGAGGUUUCGCCACUGGCAGACUACCCACCACACACACGGCUCGUGGGUAAGCAACAUGAGGGGGUGUGCUCACUUGCAUACGCUGUCUCUCAAGCUGGUGCUCGCGGGCUUCUGAACAGUCUAGGUCUGAAGCGGGUGGACAACGCUUUCGACUUGAUGUUACGCGAAUGGUGUGAGGGUAUUCAUGAAGACCACUCCCAUCGCUGUGUCGGUGUUUUGCCUCAGCUGUUCGAUCAUUACAGACCCAUCGGACCGUCCGAGAUCGAUAGUGACAUCUCAGCCCCGAACGGCGGCUACCGGAGUCAGCCGUUCACACAAAACAUCCGCUGGAGCGUGAGGCUCAACAUGGACAAACUCCUGCGUGGCGAGACGGACUACAUCGACCAGUGGCCGGACUCCAAGGUGUGA